GCGCGCCUAGCGGUGUUAGCGGCGUUUUAUUUACUUCCUUUAUGUCACAUUUAAAGGUUAAUGGCUGUCAUGGAGCGCAUAAGUUUGUGUUUUUGUUGUUCUUUGUAUUUUCUUGGCAUAAUGUGCAUUGUCAGAGCAUACAAUCAUGGGACCGGGGGUCACCCAUAUAGCAACGUCGUAUCCACGGAACAGAAAGUCCUUGCCAUGCAACCCAUGUCAGGCGCUGUCAGGCCGUGGCCAGAAAACAGUGAGUUUAUGAAGAACCCCCCGGCCAUGCGACCAUAUCACGUUUUCCCAAUGUUCCAACAUGUUCCAGUUCCUCUCGUUGACAUGGAUUUGUUCAGGCCUGUCUCCGGGAGACGACAAUUACCAAAGAUUUUGACUAGUCUUCUAAUUCCUCAAGUGAACCCUCAGUUUGCCCAAGUGUCUCCCGUGCGUAAUGCUCGUGGCGUAGAGGUUUGGUGUGGUUACAGUACGAUCUCGGUGCGCAUGAAUGAGAAUCUACUGGGCUUCAGAAGUUCACCGUCUUUGUUUCACCUGGGAACAUGUCCUGUCUCACGCUCCGACAAGAACUUCUUAUAUUUCCAUUACGACCUCAAUGACUGCGAUAGCUCUUUUACGAUGAUGAACGGCCAGAUCAUGUAUUCUAACACGUUGCGCUAUACACCAGAGCCUCAAGGGACAGUCAUCCGAGCGGUGCCCCUCACGCUAAACAUCCAGUGCCUAUACAACAGAUUUCAUUAUUCCUACAAAAUAGGCUUCCAGCCUGUGCUGAGGGAGCACAAGUUUCACAAGAUUUUUGAGCGUAGAGCCAAGUUUAGUAUUUCUGUGUGUAAUGAACGCUGGGAAAGACUUGAAGAAAAUGUGAGUUUUAUGCUUGGGGAGCCCAUGUAUUUUGAAGUCAGCGCUGCUCAUGUGUCCAAAGACGAGAUGAUUUUUGUUGACUCCUGCUAUGCGACAGCAUCCAGAGAUCCAAAGUCUAUUCCACAACACAAUGUUAUUUGUAAUUAUGGGUGUAUGGAGGACAGCAGAAGACAAGGAAGUCUCUCCCGCUUUUUCCAAAGACAGUCAAAUAUUAUAAGGUUUUCGGUUGAUGCCUUUUUACUCCCCCAAGUUACUGGCACGCACUUUUACCUGCAUUGCACAAUAUCGGUUCACGAUGCCACAAGCGCUUCAGCAAAAUCCUGCACUUAUAACCAUGCAGAGAGAGGGUGGGACGAACUCUACACUGAUGCGUCCGUUUGUGCAUGUUGUGAUUCAGUUUGUGAAAUUGAAGCAACUUCUUCUUUGCCCCGUUCAACACAAUCUCUGGUAACUAGUCUACCCUGGGUAAUGGACAAGAACGAACAAUAUUUAAUCAAAGGAAAAGGAUUGUCCGGUGUUCAGAAGGACAUAGAGGAGGUGAAGUUCAAGAGCGCAAAUGGAAUCGGUGAAGAGGAAGAUGAUCAUUACACUGUGGGGGCUGUGUCUGAUACUGAAAAACAAAUGAAAGCAAAAGAGAAUAAAAAGAUGCCUGUGAAAGACUUGGAUGAGGAUGUAGAAGUAAUUGUUGGGAAAGAGGAAACAACUGCUAUAGAGUUGAAGGAUGAGGGGGAUCGUUCUGGAAAAGUGAUGUCUUUUGGAGAACAGAUGGAUGGUGUUGUAGAGCUCGAGCAGGGUGCUGGGAGACUCAAGAGCGCAGAAGGAAUCGAUGAAGAGGAAGAUGGUUACACUGUGGAGACUGAUACUGAAAAACAAAUUGAAGCAAAAGAAGAAAAUAAAAAGAUGCCCAUGAAAGACUUAGAUGAGGAUGUAGAAGUAAUUGUUGGGAAAGAGGAAACAACUGCUAUAGAGUUAAAGGAUGAGGGCGAUCGUUCUGGAAAAGUGAUAUCUUUUGGGGAACCGAUGGAUGGUGUUGUAGAGCUCGAGGAGGAGGCUGGGAGUCUCAAGAGCGCAGAAGGAAUCAGUAACGAGAAAGACGGUUACACUGUUGAGACUGAAACUGAUACUGAGAAACAAAUCAAAGAAAAUAAAAAUAUUCCCUUGAAAAACCUUGACGAGGAUGUAAUUGUUCAGACAGAGGAAACAACUGCUAUAAAGGAUGAGGAGGGCGAUCGUUCUGGAAAAGUGAUGUCUGUCGGGGAACCGAUGGAUGGUGUUGUAGCACUCGAGGAGGAUGCUGGGAGUCUCAGGAGCACUGAGCUUUUGGAAGAUGUUAAUGAUGACAAAGGGUCCAGCAAGAGUGGAUUAAAUCAACUGAUUGACAUUACCAGAGAAGAACUGUCCAAAUAUAAAAUAAAGCCUGAAGUUUUUGAGAAGAGCAUGCCGGUACGAACCACAGGACCCUCAUACAUGGCGAUUGGUGAAGAGGUAUUUUUAAAUGCCAAACAAGAACCAAUGGAGUGGAAUAGAGAGGAACAUUAACCCACCCAGUGAGCGAGAAAUGGGGGACUGACGUUUGAGAUCGUUCCAGGGUCUAAAAGGAUCCUCGAUGGACCUUUUUUUUGGAGUUGCAUUUGUGGGGCAAAAGAUCUCUGCAUACUUUCUUAAAGUCAGUGUUUUGGUCAUGGAUUUAAGUGAAUUCACGAAUUUGCAUAAUAGGAAUGCUUCAAUGUACAGUCCUGACAUCCACUGUAAUGUCAUGGGAAUAUUAAAACGUUUUUGAUUGAG